UCUUCGCAAACAAGAGACUCUCCAUUGAAAUGAAUCACACUUCUUCCCGUCACCUCAGUGACUAUGCAAGGGUACACACAAAUGACUCUGAUGUUGUCAUUUUGAGUCUGUACGGAAUCUUUGCCUCCUACCACUGCUUAAACCGAGGCCGAACCUAUCGUCCACCACAUAGAGCCCUACCUGCACAUAUCGCUUCUGGGCUUGUUGAAGUCGCCCUAUACUACGGGGGCUGGCAAUGCUCUCUCGCGGCGGUCGCUGCCUGUUGGACACAUUCCUUUACCUCUCUAAUGCUGGUUCGUGAGCUCCCCAACGGACAUGCUUGGCAUACACGGCCAACAUACCAAGCUGGAUCAUUUCUGCGAGUGGGGAUGAUGGCCCUGGCCUACGUCACCCAAGACCCUAUGGACUAUCAUGACGCAGUCAUGCCAUUGCAUGGCUUUGUCUACACCCGAGCCCUUCUCUUUCUAUUUGGUGUCAUGGGGCCCCACUCCACGCUCAAAAGCAAUAUCAAUCUUCGCGAGGGAUACAGUCUGGCUGUUUUCGGAGCUGCCCUGAUUGCUGUCAGCCAUUGUAGUAGCCCAUGGGCGGUACCUCUAUACCUGGCUAUGGUGUCGUUGUUAGGAAUUCUGAGCCGCUGUGCCUCGCAAGUACCGAGGAAUGUACCAGUGAGGCGACCGAUAGUAGUACUGAUCAAUACACUGGGUACAAUCGGGAUACACCACUCACAAGAUGAGCGCAAAGCACCUCCCAUCGGAAAUCUGCGCGGUGACCGCUUAGGCGAGUUUCUCAUGGAUCUCAUAUCAACAAAAGUUUCAUGGAUCCUGAGCCGAGAAUGCCACAGGUAAUGGCAAGUUGUGGGCGGCUAUGUCCGUCUCAUGUAUUCUCGGCUGCCGAAAAUUUGAGAGCUGAAUCAUCCUACUGCUCUUCAGCGAGGUGGCAUUAUGCAGAGAAAUUUGAUGUAAAUUAAUGAGUGGGGGGGUUGACGAUACUAUAGCUAUCCUUAGGUUACUAUGGAGGCACCUAAUGGCCAAACAAUAUCUCAGUUAUUAGACUGAUUUCAAUUACUGAUUCUCCAUAGCCAUCUUCAAUUCUACAGAG